AUGUACGUUGGCACAACUUUCUUCCGGCGCGUCGCGCCGUCGUGCUACGACGCGGCCGCCCGCCUGCGCGACAUGGACGCCGCCGGCGUCGACGUGCAGGUGCUCAGCACCGUGCCCGUGCUCUUCUGCUACGACGCCCCGCCUCGCCCCGCGGCCCUGCUCGCCCGCGCCCUCAACGACCACCUCGCGGCCGUGUGCGCCGCCCAUCCGGACCGCUUCGUCGGGCUCGCCACGCUGCCGCUGCAGGACUGUGCCGCUGCCGUCGAGGAGCUCGAUCGGGUGCGUCGGAUGCCCGGGGUGGUGGGGGUGCAGAUUGGCACGAGCGUGGAAAGGGGCCGGGAUGAGGUGGGAGGGGUGGUGAUGCUGGAUGAUGAGCGGCUGGAGGGGUUCUGGGCGGCGUGCGAGCGGUGGGACGUGCCUGUGUUUGUGCACCCGCUGGGGUACGCGUUGACGAGGGAGAAUCAGGGGCGGUGGGGGCGGUACUGGAGCUCGUGGCUGGUGGGCAUGCCGUGCGAGACGGCGCUGGCGAUGCAUGCGGUGAUGUCGUCCGGGCUGCUGGUCAGGCAUCCGGGGCUGAGGCUGUGCUUUGCGCACGGCGGGGGCGCGUUCCCGGCGCUGCUGGGCAGGAUACAGCAUGGCUUCGACUGCCGGCCGGAUCUGGUGGCGACGCGGGCAUGCGGCGUGACGCCGACGGAGCAUUUCAUGGGGACGGCGCCGAUAUGGAUCGACUCGCUGAUGCAUGACCCCGACCUGAUGGAAUAUGUCAUCCGCAAACUUGGGCCGGGAGGGGCAGAGCGCAUUGUUCUGGGAAGCGACUAUCCAUUCCCGCUGGGCGAGGUCCCGGUGGCAGGCAAGAUGCUCACCGAAGAUGAACGGCUUGCGCGAUUCAUCACCUGGGAGGAGCGGGCCGGGGUUCUGGCGAAGAACGCCAUCCGGUUUCUGAAGCUUGGGAACGACUUUGAGAACAGAUUCGAGAAACGGCUACGGAAGGCCGCCUGGAGACAUCGCGAUAGCGCCGUUGAGUUGGACGAGGUGGACGAAUCGGAGGCUUUCGCCAAGGGGAACGUGCUGCCCGCAGUUCACGACUCGGAAGACUCUUCUCUCGGGAGUGGAAACUCGUAA